AUGGGAUUGAUCCUGGGCAAAGACCUUCAACAGCGAAAACGCGCGAGUGACUUCACAUGCAUCAUCUACCCAUGGGCAGAAUCAUAUAAAAAGAGAAUUGCUAUCUUUUGGAUGUCGUUCAAGCACAUGUUUGCGUUUGUGCUUGCUAUGUCUUCGGCAUUAAUUGUUGAAACAGUUUUGCAAAUUGAUCAAAGAGUUAUGGCCGCACCCAUGGAAAGCAGUAAAGCGCCCAGAUCAGUUGCGCGUGAUGUCGUAUCGAUGUCGAGGAAUCCGAUUAUUCUCGCUCGAGACGCCUACGUGAAACCUGCCUACAAUGUGACUGCUACCCAUCCAACUGAGCCUACACCCCAAAAGCCAACCACUCCAAAGACACCAACUCAUCCUGCUGAUCCUAAACCUGCAAAACCAAGUACUCCGCAGACUCCUGGAAAGCCGGGCAUGCCUAAACCUCCAACCUAUCCUACCAAGCCCGAGAAGCCGACUAAUCCCAAGACUCCAGCGCAGCCUACCAAGCCCGAGAAGCCUACUACUCCCAAGACUCCAGCCCAUCCGAUCAAUCCCGGAAAGCCUGGAAAAUCAACUACUUCUAAGACUCCAGAUCAUCCUACCAAGCCCAAGCCUGGACAGCCCGAGAAGCCAACUACUCCCAAGUCCCCAGCGCAUCCUACUAAGCCUAAACCUGAAAGAUGUACUCCUAGGUUUCCAACUCGUCCUACCAAGCCCAAACCCGAGAAGCCAAGCACUCCUAAGCCUCCAGCCCCCUCUACCAAACCUAAACCCGAAAAACCAACCGCUCACAAACCCACGACUCCCAAGACUCCAACUGAACCGACUAAACCCAAGUAUGAGGUACCAAAGUAUCCAACCCCUCCUAAGACUUCUAAGACUCCUACCAAACCUAGUUCCUCAGAUAAUAAAGUGAAAAAUCCUGUCUACUGA